AUGACAAAUCUAUUGAAAUAUCAAAUACUUCCAAUAAUGAUAAUCAUUAAAUUGUCAUUUCCAUAUAGAAAUGUAAAUAAUCUUUGGACAACAUCAAUAAAUUUGCAAAAUAAUCAUAGUGAAAAUAACAAUAACAAUGAAAAUAAUGAAAAACAACCAGAUCCAAUGCUUUAUGAACCUGAAAAAAUUCCACCUACAGACAAUAUAGCUGUUUGUCAAUUGCACUUACGCGCCUAUGUAGUAGGUCCAAUGGAUUUUUUUAUAGAUUUUGCCAGACGUGCAGCUCACGCAUUAAAAAUGCCAUGCUCGGGUCCUGUCUAUCUACCCACUCAAACAACUCGUUGGACUGUACCGCGUGGUUCUUUUAUCCAUAAAAAAUCUCAAGAAAACUUUGAACGUAAAACCCAUAAAAGAUUGUUAGAAAUAAAGGAUGCAAAUAAAGAUGUUGUUAAAAGAUGGCUAUGGUAUUUAGCCAAUAAUUGUCCUCCUGGUAUUGAAAUCUAA